CAACGGUAGUCGGUAGUUACACAAACGCAUUUGUAGUCGAGUGUCGCUCGGGAAACAGGACUCUCCGGAAAAGUUUCCCAUUAGGGACCGCGUAAGUUGAAAAUAUCGCGUUUAAUGUACUAAAUCGUGCUCUGGAGGUGUACGAAAAUGAAGUGGGCUACGCUGAUAUUGUUGGCCAGUUUUUUCUAUUCUGCUCUGACAGCUGAAACGGAAGAUGGAGCACCAUUCUUGCACGUAAUGGCCAAAUCAUCGGUUUUCAAUGUCGGUGAAAAGAAAGCAAUCUACUGCAAGGGGCUUAAUUUACCAGAGAGGAUAGACUGGGUGUCACCAUCUGACGAAGUAGUGGAAAUAAGAUCAUCCAGGAACACCAGGGUGUAUGUUGAAAGGCACAAGAACGACACCUUAUCCAGCAGCCUGGUACCGCUCAUUUUCCAUAGCAUCAAGAUUAAGGAUAGUGGCAAUUGGACCUGCAAAGCUGGAAAUCUCAAUGAAACCAUCGAAAUUCUUGUCGGUGAAAAAGUAAGUCUUAGUGAGAGGCAAGAGACUCUGGAGGGUGAAGAGACAAAAUCUGUCAAAUUGGAUUGCGUUGCAAAGGGGUAUCCAGCACCGGUCGUUCAAUGGUAUAAGGAUUCAGUUUCGAUUGUCGACGACCACAAGAAGUUUAUCGUGAGGAAAAAAGAUAACAACUAUCAGUUGGAAAUCAAAAACUUGACACAUCAAGAUACAGGCGAAUAUAUGUGCAAAGUAACGCAAAAGGCACUCUCAUACUAUACGUACAAACGUGUCCUGCUGUCUGUCCAACAUAAACCUAUUCUGAUUAAUGAGGCCACCAAUGAGGUUUACUACACUAAAUAUAGAACUGAGGAAGUUUACGCCAUCUUGAAUGAAACGAAAAAUAUUACAUGCAGCGCUCUAGCUUACCCACCACCAACAUACACCUGGUCCAGGAGGAGAAACAACUUCGACGAUGACCCCAUUAAUGAAGAGGAUACGAUUCAUUCAGCGGACGGUACGAGCUCUGUGCUAGUAUUGCGAAUGUACAAUGAGAGUAAUCUCGGAGAAUACAAAUGUGCUGCGAAGAAUGAUAAGGGACACGUCUCAGUUGUAUUUCACGUGUCCUUGGGCAAUAAACCGAAUCCACCCGACUUUCUCACCUUGGCGUCUCGUACAAAGACAGAACUAACAUUCAACGUAUCUUGCUCAACUUGCAAUAUGGCGAUUGAAGAAGACGAUAAAUCUCAGGAUCCCGAGAAUCUAACUGUGCUUGGAUAUUCUUUCCAACUUGUUCCUGCACAGGAAGGAUAUUUGCCUGAUUGGGCAGCAGCCACAGAAUUUGAAGUUAACUUUGAAUAUUACAAUGAAUCAUUGUUCACUGUGGGACCAUUGCAAAAUCAAACUACGUACCACGUGAGGGUUCGCACACGCAACGCAGCCGGCUAUUCUGAAUGGGUUGAACUCUCAACAACUGUGACUACAGACUUCGCUGUCAAACUCACCGCCUCCAUUAUUUUAAUGUUUGUUACACUGUUUAUAACGCGUUGUUAUUAAUUUAUUCCAGCUUACGUUUAUGUUAGUUUUAUGAAUUGUAAAUAUUUUUCGGUUUUAUGUGUUAGGUUGAGUAUCAUUCUUAAUUUAAGUAGUUCAGAAAAACGUUGUUUCUUUAUGAAAUUUUACAACAAUAUUAAGUUCUAUGGAUAUGUAAAUAAAUUAUGUUGUUGGUCUGGUUAUUAUGGAUUAUUUUGUCUUUGAUGAAAAUUGAAAUUUGUUAUUUUAACACGUAUUAUUUCCGAGUGUAGCAUACCAGGCUUUUAUAGUUAGAAGAUAUAGCUUAAGAUGUCUGUUUCAAUUCAUGAAAGUGUUCACUCUUCCAAUGGUCUGAACUCGAUUUUAUAUGUCAUAAUGUUUACCUUAGAAUCUAUAUAAUAACUUCCUAUCCAGCUAUAGUGAUGUAGAUGACAAAAUUCUAGAAGUUAUAUUCGUGGAUAAAGUUGGAGAUGUAUUAGUUGUUAAUUAAUAAUUUAUUUACAAAUAUAUAUAUAUAUAUAUAUAUAUAUAUUUAUUUACUUAUUUGACACAAAUGUCGCUCUUCAUUAUAUACCCUUAACAAUAAUUUAACUCUUGGUAAAUUUUGUCAUCUAUAUAUUUUAAAUGUUCUAUUUUUUGCAAAAAACAACAUAUUGCGUCCACGUUUUGACUUCGCUUUUAUUGAUCUGUGUGCGAUAGUUGUGUGCUUGUGGUCAUGCAUUGAAAUAAAUUACUAUAUUUUAUUUAUUAUUAAGUAAUAUUUAAUUAUUUUAUAUGAAUUUAGACAAUAAGAUUAAUUGACGUCAUUAUUGUGUAAGAAUAUUUUAUGCCUUCUUCCAUUCUAAGAUCAAAUCGAUAUUGAAGAAUUGUCUCGUUUCAAUUUGAAAUUCACCUGAACGAUCUUUAAAUUGUAUCCAAUAAGCUUUUUAUUAUUAUUUGGACUAAAUUAAUUGUUAUUUCAGUGGUGUCGAGAUUUGAGGAUUAAGUGGUCCUUGUAGGGUUUCGAAUAAAAAUAUAUUGGAUAUAUAAAGCAAAAAAAAAAAUGUUGUGGUAUAUUUGAUCAGCUUUUGGAAUUAUUGCAAUGUAAAUAAUGAUAUUAGCUUAAACUGUUCUAACGUGUAGGCUGUUACGGCAUAUAUAUACAUAUAUAUUUAAUGUUUAGACGACUUCUGAAAUAUUUCAAAAAAAAGAUUUAUUUAUAUAAUUAUCCAAUCCUACUUCCACUAUAAACAUAAUUAUUUUUCUUUAAAACAUGUAUCUUUGUGGUGUAUACUUUGUAAGAUAAAUAAAUAGUAAUUUGUUUUUAUGUUCAAGAAUGCGAUUAUUAUAUUAGGGACAAUCAGGACAAUAUUAUUUCAUAUAUAAUUACUAUAUACAAUUUUUUUUUAAUUUUUCAUACUGUCCAUUAAGUCGAAAAAUUUCCGUCAAUUUUAUAAAGUAGAUGGUCUUUCAAUUAAAAAUAUCGUGUACAGGAAGACUGAAUUUGGAAAUUUCUGUUAAAUUAGAUGUUAUAAUUUAUAUAGUAUACGUAUAACAAACCUAUAUCAGAUUUUAUUUAAAUUUAGCUAAAAGCGUAUAAUCCCGUAGGGAAAAUCCUUAUAUUUAACUAAGUGAAAUAGUAAAAUUAAGUUCGUUCUUCAUACCAAAGACUAAUGGCCAAAUUUUUUUUUUUUGUGAAGAGUAUAUAAAUCUAUUAUUAUUUAUUUCGCAUGUUUAUCUAUAAUAUCAUUGUUAAAUUUCACAAAUUCUGCCCGCAAUAAAGGUGGUUUAUAAA